CAGUUUGACCUCCGACAGAAUUAUGGUUCGACUAACAAUGGGCCUAAUUGCUAAAAGCAUCAGUCACAAGAAUCGAAGUGAAGAGGACUUCGGACAGUAUCUGCGAAAAAUAACUCAUCUGAAUUUAUCAGAUAAAAAUAUAGAUGCAAUUGGUGACCUCCCUUUGUGUAAAAAUCUGAGAGUUCUGUAUUUGUAUGAUAACCGAAUCAGUCAAAUCCAGAACCUGGACUUUGCCUCAAGUAUAACGCACCUUUACCUUCAGAACAAUCAUAUCUCAUGUAUAGAAAAUCUCUCAUCGCUGAAAAACCUUGAAAAACUGUAUUUGGGGGGCAACUGCAUCACUGUAGUAGAGGGUUUGGAUAAACUAGAAGAGCUAAGGGAGCUACAUGUUGAAAGUCAACAUCUCCCUCUUGGUGAAAAGCUUCUGUUUGAUCCAAGAUCUCUUAGGUCCCUGGCAAAAUCUUUGUCUGUGUUGAAUAUCAGCAAUAACAACAUUGAUGAAUUAGAAGAACUGUCAGUUUUGGAAAAUGUUUCUUAUCUUAGAGCAGUUGACAAUCAACUUCAACAUAUGAAGGAUUUGGAGGUUGUUUUAAACAAAUGGACAAAGCUCCGUAGAAUAGAUCUUGCAGGAAACCCUGUCUGCCACAAACCGAAGUACAGGGAUAGGAUUGUAGUACAGUCUCGAACUUUAGAAUCUCUUGAUGGGAAAGAAAUUAGAGAAGUGGAAAGACAGUUCCUAAUGAAUUGGAAAGCCUCCAAAGCUGCCAGGAAAAAAAACAAAGAAAGAAUGACAAAUGAACAUGCAGCCUAUCUACAUCUUUCUGACUUUGAAACACCUUAUGCUAGUCUUCCCUUUCACUAUAGUCACUCUGGGAAAGAAAAAACACAUUUUUUAGUUUUGUCUGAAAUGCAUAAAGUUAAAAGUGAACUUUCUUUGAAAGACAGGAUAAUCGAUUUCAGUUUCUGGUUAUAA